AUGGAACAACUUGAAACUCUCAGUGCUUGCAAGUGUGAAAGGUUAGAACGAAUAUAUGAGAUUGAUCACUUACGAUCUCUUUCUAAUCUUGCACUGGAUGGAGCUGCUAUAAAGACCCUCCCAGUUUCCAUUGGGUCACUGAAGAAACUUCGAUGCCUAUCUUUAAGGAGCUGUCAGAAAUUAACUGAAAUUCCACGAUCCAUUGGAAAGCUCAAGGAACUGCAGUUUAUGGACCUGUCAAACACGGGAGUUGACGAAUUGCCCCAUUCAGUCAAGCAUUUGGACAAUUUGAAAGUGCUAAAGAUGGAAUUUACUCACUUAGGGAAAUUUCCUAAAGCAAUACAAAAUCUGCCAAAGUUGGAAGAGAGAUUUUUCUCGCUGCUGGAAUUUGGAGAUUCAGAUGGACGGUGA